UCCUAUUCUUUAUUACCAUUCACUGCUGACGUCUUCAAAAGCAAGUUCAAUUGUAUCUUUGUUUCUCUCACCACGGUGUUUUCUCGCCUGGUUGAUGGACAAGAUCACCGGAUGCGCACAUGCAAAUGGAUUAGAGACCGAAAUUGAGGAAGGACAAACGUGAAACUAUUAUUUUGCAGGUCCCGCAGCCAAAGAUCGGCGACGAAGAAUCAAGAAAACGUGCGAGUUUUCCACUGUAACCCAACGGGCGUAAGCUUCGAGGCUAACGUGGUAAGGAGGACAGAGCAAUAAGUGGAAAACGAAUGACUUUUCCGCAUUGUUGAUCUUUGGAUCAAUUUUGGAUUUGCUGAGAGAGAGAUAAAAGAACAUGAAGAUGUCGCCUCCAGAUCGAAGGAAAGACAUGCGCGACCUGGCGUUGGAGAUUGGGAUUCGAGUUCUGCUAUUUGGAGUUUUUGUGUUCACAGAGUUCCUGGAGCCCUUUGAGAGAGUCAUCCAGCCGGAGGAAUUGUGGCUGUACAAGAACCCUCUGGUGGAAUCAGAUCUCAUCCCCAAGAGGGUCAUGUUCGCCAUAUCAUUCCUCACCCCUCUGGCAGUGAUAUUUGUGGUGAAGAUUAUACGACGGACGGAUAAGACAGAAAUCAAAGAGGCAUGUUUGGCUGUGUCUCUUGCACUCGCACUGAAUGGCGUCUUCACAAACACCAUCAAGCUGAUAGUUGGCAGGCCAAGGCCAGACUACUUCCAUCGCUGCUUCCCCGAUGGCCAGGUCAACCCCAAAAUGCUGUGCACAGGAGAGCCCGACCUGGUGUCUGAGGGCCGCAAGAGCUUUCCCAGCAGCCACUCCUCCUUCGCUUUCUCUGGCCUGGGCUUCACCUCAUUCUACCUGGCGGGAAAGCUGCAGUGCUUCACGGACAGUGGCCGCGGGCGCAGCUGGCGUCUCUGCGCCAUGAUCCUGCCGCUCUACAGCGCCAUGAUGAUCGCCCUGUCUCGCACCUGUGACUACAAGCACCACUGGCAAGAUGCCUUCAUCGGGGGAGUGAUAGGACUGCUCUUUGCCUAUAUCUGCUACCGGCAGCACUACCCACCAUUCCUGCACACAGACUGCCACUUGCCUUAUGUUAGCCUGGCACUGAGCGUCUCCCAACAUGCACCCAUCACCGAGGACCAGCCUCAUCCCACGGACAACGCCACCAGUCUACCUCUGGAGGGCAUCACCGAGGGGCCCGUAUGACUAAUAGAUCCCGACCCUUCAGCAGCCCACUUGCUGCUCCAAGGCUCCCCCUCUUGCUCUGCCCACUUGGUAUGACCCAUACAGGCUGACUGACUCUACAACAUUCCAGUGGGUUGUACCAAUUCACCUGUUUUCUUUUUUGCUCACCAGUCAGCUUUUAUUAUGUGUUUAGUUCUCAGUAAGAAGCCUUGUUGAGGAUGCAUAUAUACACUCAGUACAUCUGUUGACAGCAAAUUCAACUGUUGUAGUGUAGCAGAAAGGAGAGUGAAGAGAAAAAGUGUUUCUUGAUGCCUGAUCAUGCAGACGUGGCUUGAUGAAGCUACAUAAAGAGGAAGAAACACUAAUAAUGGCACAAAAGAAAGAGAAAGUACAGUACCAUGUAUUUUAUUUUCACCAGGUCUGGGUCAUUUCAAUUAAAAUAAUAAUACAGGAGCAACAUGGCAUUACAAGGGAAUUUUAAUUAAUCCUUUCAGUCAUAGUGUUUCUGACUGUUGUGUGGAAAAGUGUCCUUUAACUCACUCUCCUACUGGCUUUUCCACCUAUGAUUCAUUUGUUUGAGACAGUGGGCAGGAAAACCACUUUCCGAAAGUCCAUUCUGUGAACUCAUUGGUUGUCCAUGGCAACAUGCUGAUAAAUAUAGACCUGCUACACUUUGGCUUUGGGAGAGAGCUGACAUCGAUGCUUCCUAGAGUGCCCCCCCUCAUUUGCCAGUCCUUUCUUUUGUUUUUCUUAUCUUCUCCUACCUUGCUCCGCCUUUUCCACCUCCUCUGUUUAUUUUCUCAUUCGCUCACCAUGUUCGCACCCACAUACACGUAGCUCAUCACUUAACGCCUCCACAUUUUGCUCUCUGUUUUCUCUUUCACGUUUUUCUUUUAUUUCCCCAGUCUCCAUCUCUGUCCUUAGUUUAUAACUGCUUUGUCAGUACUAUCACUCCCCCCUACAUCAGCACACUCACUUGUGCUUUCUCUCUUCUUCCCUUUCUAUAUUUUGUCAUUCUCUCCUACUAUCUGUCCUCUUAUUUCAUCCAUCUUUCCUUCUUGCUCCAUUUUGCUUUCACCCAGCCUGAUUACCAAAUUUGCCUCUAUUUGACAUUUUCCAUGCCUGGGACACUCAAACAAUUUGAAUACAAAUUGCGGCCAAACGCCGGGCGAUCGAUAUUGAGCAGGGGCUAUUCGUGUGUGCCAGAUAGAGGGUGCAUGACACUUGGAGGGCAGAUGCCCCAACUUGCACCUGAAUUCAUUUUCAUCAGGGCCAGAGCGGAUGCCAUUGCUACUGAGCACAUUAGUGCAGCACUGAAAAGAAAACCUCUGUCAGAGGCUGGGAACUUUUAGCAUGAGUGUGUCUCCUUGGCUGUUUAUGGCCUGCCACAAUCAUCCCACUAAUGGGAUUAUUCAUUAACAUGCCACUUAUGUUUUUAUAAGGUUGCCUGUGUUGAUUGGACACAAAGGGGAGCUACUCUGUGGUGAUUAUGAUUUAGACUGUUGUUAAUUACAAAAAAGAGAGAGGACCAGUACUGGACCAGUAAAUAUUCAGUGCCAUUCCAUGUAGAAUUAAAAUACAUAAAGGAAAAUGUGUAAAAUUCUGUUAUCAUGUUUUCCAUGAUUGUCACUCAGUGAUAUGCAUAGAGCGGAAAGAGUUUUUUGAGUAGUUAAAUAAUGCCCAAGUACCUGCCACAAUGUACUUGAUCUUGAUUUUUGAAGGAGUCUAAGCAUGUUUGAAAACGCAAAAUUCGCUGUCUGGGUAAACAAGAAGUAGGCCAAAGAUUUUUUUCCCUUAGCAAGUGAUACAUGUAAUUUAAAUGUAAAUGUGAUAUUUGAUGUUUUUAAGAUGAAAUUCUUUUAAAUGGUAGAAGCAAAGAUAAUUAUUCAGGGAAAUGCAUGAAGUGACAGCUGAAACUAGUGACAAUGAAAUAAUGAAGUUGGCUUGUCGAGGAUAAGUUCAUAAUCCCCUUAUCACCAUUUGUUACUUCGGUUGUAGUCCUAUUUUCAAAGCAACAACAUGCUAAUUAUAGCAUUGUUCACACACAAACAAACCUGCCAAUAUUCCUGUGAACAUGCAGAAAGUUCCUUUGGCCACAGCAAUACAGAUUGUUUCCACAUAAAGUGGAAAAAAGUCAAAGGGUUUUCAUAAAAUGUAACAAAAAUAAUGUGAAGGUCUCCCAUUUUUCUACUGCUGUACUGCAGGCAAUGCCCCUUGUGCACUAUGAGGAGCCAGAGAACUCUUAGUGCACUACAGGGAGACAGUGAACUCUUGCCAGACUCUUUUGUUUGAGACCCAGCCUGUAGACUUUCACCACAGCAUCUGUUCUAUGUGGUUGCUAUAUCAUACACAUGCUCUAUUCAGUUAUUUUUCAAAUAAGAAUAUGCAGAUGAUAAAGGAGCAUGCCUAUGCACCACACAUACCUUAACAUACCUGGUGCUGUUCCCUUAUAUGUGUGUUUUUAAAAAGUGUUUACAUAUCUGCUGUUAAUAGAUGGACCUAUUAAUGUAUAUGACGGAUUAGCUGCAUAGAAAAUGCUAAUAUGGCUAACAACAGCCAUUACUCAUCAUGAUAUUGCUAACAAUGCUAAAACAUUACUGUUAGCAUUUUUAUUCAGUAAUAACAGCACUUUCUGACUGAAAAACAUUGUUGGGUCUCUGGCAUGAGGAAAGAAGCCUUGUGGUCACUCACUCUUGGGCUAGAAAUCACUAGAAAUCUCACACACAUGGAAACAACUUUUAAUUACAUAAUCAUAAUUACAUAGUCUUGCUACCGCAUUGCUCAGCUAGAUUAGUUUUUCUCUUUGAGCCUUUUACAAUGUCCCCUACCAUAACUUCUAAUUGCUUGUCCAAAGAUUUGUUGAUUUGUUAACUUGAGAUUUAAUUCCAUACUUAUUAAGAAUUUAUUAUCCUUGGGAGUCCUGCUUGCACAAAUGUUUUUGUUGAAUAUAAUGGGCUUGAUAAUGAAAUAUCAGAUGUGUUACUGCUCUGGGGUAUAUUCAACAAAACAAGGACAAAAAGCAGGAAUCCUGAAAGACUAACAGUAAAAAUAACCAUUUACAAGAUGGAAGUCACCUUGCUUGCCUUAACCCAAGCCUGCAUGACUCUGAUAUUAAUGAAUUCAUUUAGGGUGAAGAACCCACUUUGGGGUCUCAUGAAACUCGUAUGGCAACCCAGGCAGUUGGUUCAUGUUUUAUGUGGUUGUUACCUUUUAGUGUGUUACCUUAGUGUUAAAUACAGUUCUUUAACUUGUCAGUGUAAUUUGCCCAAAAGUUGAAUGAAUCUUAUUUUAGUAUCUGCUACUGAAAAUAGGGGCAUUUAUUGUGAAAAUAGGGGCAUUUAUUGUCUCUGUCAUUUUUCAUUAUUUAAAAGUGACCAAAGCUUAUAAAUGUGCAACAUAUCUACUAUACUGAGGAAUCUGACUUAUCACAUUCCUUUUCAUAAUAUUAAUCUGCUUUGUUUUUAUGUUUUGCUAUUUCCUCCUCUUAAUUUUCCUAGACAUAGGUGCUGUAGAAAAGGAAAAAGGUCCACAGGCUGCCCCCCUCCCAUAAUGUGAACCAUUUGUUUUGUACAGAAGGUUUAUUUUGUACUCACAGGUUUAUACAAUUUGUGGAUAUUAAAUAUGUUACCCAUUAUUUCUCCUUUUGUUCUAUGUCUACUGUUGCUCAGAAAUGGUAAACCAAUUGUUUCCUAAUUGUCUUAUAGGAUAAAAAGAAUUCUAGUUCUCUGAAGUCACAUGGCAUGUCAAUUCUAGUUGUAAAAAGAGAUCAUUUUAUAUGGAGACGCAUGUCCUGGCCUUGAAACCACUUUGAGUCGUGUUCUUGUUGAUUAUACUGUGUAUGUACAAAUAGUCUAAAAAUGAUCUGCUUAAGAGUCAAAACAGUCCAUGAAGUUAAAAGCGAGCAAAAUUCUUUCCUCAUGUCUAAGUGGAUGUUUUGCUGGGUACAAGCAGUAAAACUAACAAGCUGAAAAGAGCAUUUUCAUUGACCUGUCCACGCUGCUAAUGCACAUCAAAAUCAAUGAAAUGAACGAAAUUUGGUGACUGGGUUCAUAUUUUAGUAUGCUCUUAGAAGAAUGGAAUCAUGUUUUACGGUUCAUGACAAAAAAAUAAAUAAAUAGACAAAAAAAGAGCACUGUUUAAUUUAUUCCUGUGCAUUAACGCCACUGAGCGCUUCAGAGUGGGUGUUCUGUGCGACUCCGGUGGGGCUGGGUCCAGGUUUGGCUAGCCAGCAGGUGCUGCAGGAGCUCAGUAUACUGUUUGUUCUCGGUGAAGGUUUGUUAUUGUGUUGUUAUGCAUCAACUUGCACUUA